AUGGAUGAUGAUUUUUAUAAUGAUUCAAUUGGAGAUCAAAUUCUCAUGGAAUUAAAUAUCACUAACCUUACACCAACGUUUAAUGACAAAAACAAACAAACUGCGGCAUCAACUAAAGACGAAGUUGAUAGUGUAAAUGAUAAAUCACAUUCAUUAAUAAACAUACCAGAUCAAUUUAUUGAUUUUCCCUAUCCGAAACCAUAUUCACAACAAUUAGAAUUGAUGCAAGCAGUCUAUAAGACAUUAGAAACUAACUGUUGUGGUAUAUUUGAAAGUCCAACUGGUACUGGCAAAUCAUUGAGUCUAUUAACAGCAACAUUACGUUGGCUUUUAGAUUAUAACGAAAAACAGGUUUUGUUAUUAAAUAGUCUUCAAUCUCAAUUAAAAUUAAUCAAUCAUGAAAAUAAAGAGAAUAAUUCUAAGGAAUAUGAUUGGAUAGUAGAAUAUGAUAAAAAUCGUUUGUUAAAACAACAAAUCGAACCACAAAUUGAAGAUCUUUUGAUCUAUCAAUCUAAUUUACAUUUAAUUGAGAAAAUGAAAUCAUCUUUCACAUCUUCCUCAUCAAUACUAUUUAAGCAUCAAACUAACUUUUUAAAUGUUAAUGAAAUGACCAUAACUGAAGCGAAUUCUGAAACUAUAGAUAUUGAACAAUUGAAAAAUAUAAUAGACAUUUCCAAUGAUCAGUAUGACUGUGAUGAUGAAUUAUUUUUAUGUAAUCCUGACGAAAACUUAUUCGAUAAACAUAAAAUGAUCGAAUUAGAUGAAAUUGAAUUGGAUCAACAGUUUGAAAGUCAACAACAACAAUCUGAUAAUGGAUUAUUACAUAUAAUUUAUUGUAGUCGUACUCAUUCACAACUCGGACAAAUAGCCAAAGAAUUUGUAAAAUGUAAAACAUUAUUUAAUAAAGUCACAAUAAUUCAAUUAUCAUCAAGAAAUUUGUUAUGCACUAAUGAAACAAUUUAUCAGUUAAAACACCCAGAUUUAAUUAAUAUUGCUUGUCUUGAAUUGAAUCGACCACGUAAUCGUGAGCAAGGUCAAUCGAAAGGCUUUAGAUGUCCAAUGCGUAACUCAACAGCUGUCAAUAAUUUAUCCAAACACCUAUUAAUUGGUAAUUCAGCUUUGAAUAUAACCAGUAGUAUUAGAGAUAGAAAGUCAAGUAAGUCAUCUAAAUCAAGUAGUUCAUUGAAAGAAUGCCAAAAAGACGAGAUAACAGUAAAUGAUACACAAUUAUCGUCUCAUAUUGGGUGUCCAUAUUACGCUAAUCGUAAGGGUUUACCAUUAGCUCAAUUAGUUUUAGUACCGUAUUCGUCAUUGCUACAACCGUCAAAUCGUUUGACAUCUGGUUUAAAACUAAAAAAUUCAGUUAUUAUAAUUGAUGAAGCGCAUAAUUUGUUAGAAGCAACAGCCUCAUCAAUGUCAGUCAGUUUGUCAUUGGUGAAUGAUUUAUACAAAUUAGAAGAAUUAUUUUCUGGUUAUUUACAAUAUUACCGUUCACGUUUAUCAUCAUUUCUUGCAUUAAGACUACGUCAAAUGAGACAUUUUAUUCAACAAUUAAAACUUUAUUUAAAUACUACACUUAAAAACAUUCAACUAUCAUUAUCUUCCAUAUCGGCUAAUGUUAUCAUUAAAACAGUGAAUAAAUUAUUUUCUGAAUCAAACUUGGACAAUAUAAAUUUAAGUGAAUUUAUCGAUUGUUUAGAAUAUCAACAUUUUAUCAUGAAAUUAAUUGGUUUCUCUAAAUGGUCUAAUAAUAUACAACAAAAUUCGAAACAUUUAGAAAAUGUUCCAAUUAAUCAAACAGCUUGUUCACAAAUGACAAAUUUAUUAAACACUAUGAAAAGAAAAUAUUCUGAUGACAAUAGUCAAUGUGGAGAUACAAGUCAGGUUCGUAUUUCAAAUAAAAAAUCUAAAAUAGAUAUUGAAAAGUCUGAAGGAAUCGGCUCCAGUUUAUUUAAAUUUCAUAGCUUUCUUAAAGCUUUAGAAUUUUGUGAAGAAGAUGCACGUAUAAUUAUUGAACCUGUUAAGAACUCUACAAAAUUAAAUCUAUCAAUCUCAUCUGAUCUGUUGUCUUCGUCAAGUAAUCUUACAGAUGAUAUUCAAGAUUUGUGUUUACGUGUGGUAUUUUUAAAUCCUGGAAGGUAUUUAAAAGAUCUAGUGCAAGAAGCUAGAAGUGUUCUUUUAGUCGGUGGUACAAUGCAACCAUUCAACGAAGCUAUUGAACAAAUAUUUAUACCAUCUGGUAAAUUAUCCAAUCAAAUUGUCACGUUUACAUGUGAUCAUGUGAUUAAUGCGAAAAAACAAUUAGCUAUUUAUCCUCUAGGUGUACAUAGCCAUCAAUCAAAUGGGGAAGUAUUUUCAUUAGAUUUCACAUACCAGAAUCGUUCUAAUCCACAUAUGAUAGAUGCAUGCGGUGAAAUAAUUUUACAAAUAUGUCAACAACUACCUGCUGGAAUUGUUGUGUUUACUCCAUCUUAUGAAUAUCAGUCAAUGUUACAUAAUCAUUUGGAGGCGACAGGUUUACUGAAUAAAAUAGCAAAGUAUAAAAGUUUCUUUCAUGAACCGAAAACAACAACACAAUUAGAACAAAUAAUGCAAGCUUAUGGAGUAGCAGCUACUCAAAAACUGAAGCAUAAACAUGGAGCCCUUUUGUUAUGUGUGAUUGGUGGGAAACUGAGUGAAGGAAUAAAUUUCACAGAUGAUUUAGCUCGAGUUGUGAUCAUUAUCGGCAUGCCAUAUGCAAACCCACAGUCCCCAAUUUUAAGAGAAAAAAUGACGUAUUUGGAUAAACAUUUCAUUCGUGAUUCCCAAUCUACACAAAAUCCAGGUAGGCAAUAUUAUGAGACAAUGUGUAUGCGUUUAAUAAAUCAAGCUAUUGGUCGAUCUAUACGACAUGCAAAAGAUUAUGCUGUUGUCUUCUUAUUGGAUAAUCGGUACUAUCGUUCAACUAUUCAAUCACAAUUACCUAAAUGGGUUCAACAAAGUAUUAUUCAUCAACGAUUAAAUGAUAAACAAUCAAUUUCACUAUCAUCGUCAAACCAUCACAGAAAAUUCCUAAAUUUAUCAGAAGCUUUGGAACAUGCUAAGAGAUUUUUGUCAUGUAACAAGGAGUGUUUGGAAUAG